AUGGCGAGAGCCCAAGAAACGGCUUUGGCCCGAUUCUAUGGUCUCCCAAAGGUGCACAAGGAGGGCGCUCCUCUCCGGCCCAUUGUAUCACUCAGAGGCACUCCAACGUACGGACUGGCAAGAUGGCUGUUUCGGCGCCUCAAAUUUCUAACCGCUGAUUCGGACACCACGGUCUGUUCGUCAACGCAAUUCCUGGAGAAGCUUGAAGGAGUAAGUCUCUUGCCCAAUGAGGUCAUGGUAUCUUUUGAUGUCACGUCCCUCUUUACUUCUAUCCCCCAGGAUCUGGCAAUCGAGACCGUCCAGCUACUCCUACGAAACAAAUACGAUGAAACGGAGAAUCGUCUCGGACAUGCCCAAGUCCUUCAGCUCCUAAAGUUCUGUCUCAGGACGUACUUCACGUUUGACGGAACAAUCUACGAGCAAGUGAAGGGAACACCAAUGGGCUCGCCGAUUUCGGGAUUCAUCGCCGAGGCGGUGCUACAGCGGUUGGAGUCGCUGGUCUUCCAACACCACAGACCGAAAUUCUGGGCUCGGUAUGUGGACGAUACCUUCGUCGUCAUCGAACGGGAUCAGGUGCUAACGUUCAAAGAACGUCUCAACAGCGUCUUCCCGGACAUACAAUUCACGAUGGAGGAGGAAGAGAAUAACCAGCUGGCAUUCCUCGAUGUCCUCGUCUGUCGCAAAGAUUGUGGUGGUCUAAAGACCAAAGUGUUCAGAAAAGCAACGAACACGACGCAAAUUCUGAACUUCAACAGUAACCACCCAGUCUGCCACAAACGCAGUUGCGUAAGAACGCUAUUUCGGCGUGUUGAGACGCACUGCAGUGAACCGGAAGACAAGGUUGCCGAAUCCCAAUAUCUUCGACGGGUUUUCAGAGAAAAUGGUUACCCGCGCAACUUCGUCAACCGGUGCCUGCGUAAACGAGACGAGCGACAAAAUCGCGCCGACCCCAAAUUCUGGCGAGCGAUCCCGUACAUCAAGAACGUCUCCGAGGCCGUUAGCCGCCUUCUUGCACCACUUGGGGUUGGAGUUGCGCACAGACCGGAGGCCACCAUGAGGCGUCAAGUGAUGAGACCAAAAGACCCACUGACAUGGCAAGAAACAUCUGGAGUCGUUUACCGGAUCUGGUGCAGUUGCGGACAAAGCAACUACGUCGGAGAAACCGGAAGACUGCUCCGGACGCGAAUCGCCGAACACGUGGCAGCUGUACGGAGAAAUGACGCCAACUCUCAGGUCGCGGCCCAUUCGACGAGACCCGGCCACACAUUCAAGUUCGAUGAGGCCGAAAUUCUCGCGAGAGGGGAUAAUCGCGUGAGCCGCGAGUUGCUUGAGUCAUGGUUAAGGGGACCUCAGUCUAUCAACAAGUGCAACGACAUCCCCACUCCAUAUUCUGUCCUGAGGCAUAGACUGGCCAAAGCAAUUGACCACUCGAGGAGCGCGCAAGCACGUGAGCCAGAUGGCCGAGCAAUCAUCACGCCAGCAUCCAACACGGGUGAUGAGAUGUCAGCAAUUAACAACUUGCAUGCCGGCCAUCAAGCAAUUAGCGCACCAGCGGGCAACAAUCCUUGA